AUGACGCUCCACGACGACGCGCCACGACGCUUUGCAAAGCAUGUCGUCCGUCGUGCCACUUUGGUUGCUAGAGCCACCGCCAGCGCCACUCAAUCGACUGAACACUCUACAAAGUCAGGAAGUCAGAUCGCACGAGAACAGACUUCCAGUCUCAAAGCUCCGGUUGUUGCCAUCAUCCUCGGAGGGUUCAUCGGCGUCUUCCUUCUUUUCGUCCUCGUCGGCAUCACGUGCAAAUUUGCAAAUCGACCGCGCUCCGACAAUCGCACCUACAACCAUGCCAAAGCCAUGUAUCAGCCCUCAGCGGCAGGCUACGGAUCAGCAGCCGCCCACAACGGUGGCACUAGCAUGUAUCGCGCCAACGAGUUGAUGCACGACGUGUCCAAUCCCAACGCCGGUCUGCUCGACUCGGCGCAGCCCAUGGGUCGCGGUGGCCGCUACGAAGAGGCCGAUGACUCGCUCGGAAGCUCCAACGGCAACGACAGCGCAUUCGCCGCGCGUGGUGCAAAUGGUGGAUUCGGCAUGAUCCCCAGCAACAGCGCCAGCAGUUUCAGCGGCGACGAAUCAAAUCGAUUUGCGGGUCCCGCUCGUCGUGGCCACGCUCGAGGGGCAAGCACCGGCAUCGACCUGCCAGGCCCAGCAGCAUCUGCAACCUUCCGACGCAAUGUCAGCGGUUCACAUCCGCCCGUUCACUCGAAUCCGGACAAUUCUUACGACGCGCCACACGCGGCCAACGGCCUGCUGUCGUCUUCGGUCAUGCCUGAUGGCUCCGGCUUCACACCAGGCCAGAUUUUUGACCACAACGCCAUCAACGGCGGCGCACCAAAAGCGUCGGCCGAGAUGCGCGAGCAUCGCACCAGCUUUCUCGGUGGCCCCCCCGUUGGUGUGCUGCCUCGACGUACGAGUCUGGUGCAACAAACCCCACAGCAACGUCCCUAUGCGCGCGGUCCGCCUCCGUCGAGCUCCAAAAACCGUCGAUCACGAUACGCGCAGCAGAAUCAGUCUUCCACCGAUACAGCCAAUAUGCGACGCAGCCGGAUCGAUAGUGUGGGACCGGGAACGUACCGCAAGUCGAUGUUCCUCCCCAGCGACGAUUCGACGCCCGACUUUGCCGGUGGUUCGCAGAUGCGUCGCAUGCCGUCCAACAACAACGAGGCUCCCAAGCCUCUGCGCCGUGUAGAGAGCAUUGGCAAGGGAGAUCCUAGGCGGACGAGUCGAUACACGCCCAACAACGCAGGUAGCAGGGUGCUUCCCAUGAAGGCGCCAGAAGCGCGCGAUCUACCUCCCGCAAAUCCGACAGGCGGAUACCGCGAUGGAUUGCCAUCGUCGAGCGGAGAGGCAUUCCUUUCCGCGGCAGGUGGCCAAGGCGGACGCAAUGGAAGGUACUCGCCAUAUGGAGGCAGCAGCUCGAAUGGUUCCUCAAGUCCUCUUGGUCCGCUUGGUCCUAAUGAUCCCAAAUUGACCACGCAGCAGCAACAACAGCAGCACCAGGAAUACGCGCCAGGAGGCGGCGUGAGGAUGAUGCCUUACGGUGCAGGCUUUGGCGCGCCCGUGCCACGGCCAGGUAUGGCAACGACACAGAUCUCUUCUCCUAGCUCAUUUGCCCCUGCAGCGCCAUUAGGGGCCGGGCUCGGACGAGGAAUGGAAGUGUCUUCGCAUGCUGCACCGAGGCAGAUUCUCUAG